AUGACCUUUUUCCCAGAGGUGACCCGUUUUGCACAGAAACCUAGUGGUUUACACAGAACCUCAGUCUUUUCAGAGGAUAGAACUUUUGUCUUCUACAUCCAGAGCAGAUGUCAGCAUCAUUCCUCAGCGAUGCCAGCCAGGUUCAUCAAUAUAGAGCUUGGAAACCAAACAGAUGCUUCAAAAUGGAUUCUCCUGGGAUUGACAGAGGAUCCAGAACUGCAGUCCCUGAUCUUUAGCCUGUUCUUCAUCAUAUACCUGGCCACUGUCCUUGGAAACAUGCUCAUUAUCCUGGCUGUCAGCUGUGACUCACACCUGCACACACCUAUGUACUUCUUUCUCUCCAAUCUGUCCUUUACUGAUAUCUGUUUGAGCACAACCACCAUCCCAAAGAUGCUGGUGAACAUCCAGACACAGAAUCAGAGCAUCACUUACACAGGCUGCCUCAACCAGAUAUUCUUUGUCCUGGUUUUUACUGGUUUUGAAAAUUUUCUUCUAGCAGCAAUGGCCUAUGACCGCUAUGUGGCCAUUUGUCACCCACUGAUGUACACGGUCAUCAUGAACCACUACUUCUGUGGCCUGCUAAUUCUACUUUCUUUGUUCAUUAGCGUGGUGGUUGCCCUAAUCCACAGUCUGAUGGUUUUCAAUCUGUCUUUCUGUAUGAACCCGAAAAUCCCUCAGUUCUUCUGUGACCUUGCUCAGAUCCUCAAGCUUGCCUGUUCCAGUACCCUCAUCAACAACAUCCUGAUAUAUGUUUUGGCUUGCAUAUUAGCUGGUGUUCCUCUUUCUGGAAUCAUAUUCUCUUAUACUAGGAUUAUCUCCUCUGUUUUGAGAAUAGCAUCAACUAGUGGAAAGUAUAAAGCUUUUUCCACAUGUGGGUCACACCUCUCAGUUGUUUCUUUAUUCUAUGGGACGUCUUUUGGUGUGUAUAUCAGUUCUUUGUUUACAAACUCUUCCAGAAAGACAGCAAUAGCCUCAGUGAUGUACCUUGUUGUCCCUCAAAUAAUGAAUCCUUUUAUCUACAGCCUAAGAAAUAGAGACAUCAAGAUAAGCUUGAAAAAACGAAUUGAAAAGAUGUUUUUUUUUAGAUUGUGUUAUCUUUCAGAAUUCACUAAUUAUUAA